AUGAAUGCGCUCAUACUAGUCGGGGGGUACGGCACGAGGUUAAGACCGCUCACCCUGACGACCCCCAAACCACUAAUCAGCUUUUGCAACAGGCCAAUACUAGAACACCAAAUUUUUAAUUUGGCACGAUGUGGAAUCAGAGAAAUAAUUUUGGCCAUAGCUUAUAAACCCACACACAUAACGAGCUUUGUGGAUGACCUGGAAAAAAAAUACAACGUUAAAAUUAUUUACUCUAUUGAGGAGGAGCCCUUGGGCACAGGAGGGCCAAUAAAAUUGGCAGAGAAGUAUUUGAGCAAGUACGACGAUUUUUUUGUCUUCAACUCGGACAUUAUUUGCUCCUUCCCCCUUCUGGAGAUGAUGAGCUUUCACAAGCAGAGCAGUGCGCCACUAACGAUUUUGGUGAAAGAAGUGGAAGAUCCCAGAGCAUUCGGAGUUGUCAUAACGGAAGAAAAUCGAAUUACCAAGUUUGAGGAGAAACCGCAAGUCCCUAAGUCGAGCUUAAUAAAUGCAGGAAUUUACAUACUGAACAAAGAAAUCUUAAAUCGCAUUCCCGCGAGGAACACGUCGCUCGAGAAGGAAAUAUUUCCCCAGCUAGCCAAUGAGAACAUGUUGUAUUUCUACAGAUUAAAUAAAUUUUGGGCUGACAUUGGCAAGCCGCUGGACUUUUUAAAGGGACAGGCGUUGUACUUGGAGGACUUGGAGGAGAACAGGGAAAGAGGCGGCAGAGAAGGGAAAGGGGAAAUAGCAAAGGAAACAAAUACUGCAAAGGUAGCCGCGACAAAACCCAUCACGGAGGAGUUCAUCCUGCGCGACCACUUCCUCAUAUGCUACGGCAUAAAGGACAAGGAAAAUGGCGCAAAGAGUGGCAGCAAGAAAAAUCUAUUUAUAACAUUUGAAGAUAUGAACGAGUUGGAUGAAUUCGCGCAUAGGAAGAACCACCUCUUCGAUGAAAUCCUUGUGUACACUAAAGUCGAGGGAAAUGUGUUGAUUUCAUCCAAAACGAUCAUAGAAAAAAAUUGCGUCUUGGGAGAUAACGUCGUUUUGGGAGAAAACGUGACCAUUGGAGAAGGAUGUCGCAUCAAAAAUUCUUGCGUCAUGAGCAACUCCACCGUCAGUUCGUAUUCCUACAUUGAGAAUUCGAUCAUUGGCUCCAAGUCGAGGGUUGGAAGCUGGUCGCGCAUCGAGGGGCUGUGCGUGCUGGGCGAAAACGUCAUUUUGAAGCCCGAAAUUUUUGUUAACAAUGCCUUCAUCCUGCCCUUCAAGGAGGUCAACAGCUCAAUAUAUGAGAAGGGCGCGAUUAUUAUGUGA